AUGGCCGCGGCAGGGCAGGGGGAUUUACAGGAGUUGUUGCGGAUGUUCACGUCACGCAAGGUUCCCAUAUUGACGGCCAUGCAACACGUCAAGGCUCUCCAGUCGUCUCAGCUUCGGAGCAUCGGUCCCCCCCUCACCAGUAUCGACCAGAUCGCGCAAGCACCCUUGAGCACCAUCGAGUCGGCGAUUCACGACUCGAAGCUGGCUCGAGGCCUUCAUGCGGCGUGCAAAAGCCAUGGCAAGAAGCGCGGGGCCGAGGAGUUGGCGUCGGCCAGCCCGAAGAAGGCCAAGCUCGAGAUGCACAAGCGUGACAUGGACUACAGCUCCAUGACGGCAGAGCAGCUCGAGGGCUCGUUGACGCUGCCCUUGACGGUGGACGAGGGAGUCAUCGGCGAAACGAGUCUCGUGACCAACCGGGCGCCGCUGGUCCUGGCAUUCGCCGUCGAGCUGCUACGGUUCACGAUGCCGGAGCAGCCGCCGAGCAGCCGGCUCAGCUUGGCGCAGGCGGUCGUGAGCGCGAACUCGAGGACCAAGGCGGUGAGCAUCGGCAUCGAGAAGGCGUCCCGGGGAGCGGAAGAGCAGAUUCCAGAGGGACAGCCUCGGGUGCGGGUCCUCGGGCGAGAGGUGCCCGUUCUGAAACGGGGCGGCUACGCGUGGACUCCGGACUCGCCGGCCUCGCUGCAGGUCGCAGCCAGAACCAGCGCGGCAGGACCCGACGCACGGCGGGAGAAGAAGAGGUGGACAGCAAGCCGCAAGGUGACGUCGAAGGCGUCCACCUUUAUGGCGCACGCGGCCUCUCUGUCGUCGCCGAACCAACGAGCAGGCCUCAUGAAGGAGCUCUUCACGACCAAGCCCGAGCUCGAGACGGCGACGCACAACGCGUGGGCGGUGCGGGCGAGCUACGGCGGCUCGCCACUCGUCCAGGAGGCCUCCUUCGACGACGGCGAAUCGGGCUGCGGAAAGUUCAUGCUCGAGACGAUGCGCGGGUCCGAGGUCAAGAACACGGUGGUGGUGCUGACAAGAUGGUACGGCGGCGUGAUGCUCGGGCCCGACCGUUGGCGGCUGAUGCGGGAGUGCAUCGGCGACGCCCUCUCCUCCCAGCAGCGCACGUCGACGCUCUCGGGCGAGGCCGUCUGGGGGCUCGACGUGCAGGACACGCGGCCGGCGGCGUCGACGGUCGGCAUGGCCAUCCACCGGCCCGAGGGGGCUCGGAACUACCUGCUCCGGAGCUUCGCCACGACGCACGAGGAGGGCGCGAGCGAAGGGAAGAAGACGGCGGCGUCGAUGAACUCGGAGAGGCAGGAGAACCUCGGGCGACUCCUGGGCGCCCUGCGGCUCCUCUACGCCAGCUGGGCGGGGGUGCUGAGCAGGGACGAGCUCGACCGGCGCGCCUGGACGUGGUACGUCGCCGUGCGGCCGGACGUCGAGGCUGGGCCGUCGGGUUGGGGCGCCAAGGGGACACUCCGGCUGGAGAAGAUUCUCGCACUGCGGCGCACGCAACAGGGAGAUGGUGGCGAAGGAGGCGAAUCCGGAAUGGCGGCAGCGGGUUCAUUUUGCGAGUGA